AUGCAGCUCGCGCCCCCGCCACCACCGCCUGCUGAUGCCGCCGGUCGAGAUCCCAACAACAUGUCGCGCGGAAACUCGGCUAGCGGCGCUUCAGACAACUCGGAGGGAAGACGCGAACGCCCGCCAGUGCCGGCCACUGUCCCCCUCGUCGACCCAUCGCAUCUGAACCCCUAUCACUCGACGCUGCCGGACAUGCAACCCCCGACGAUUCUGACGCCGCUGCGAGCGCAUUAUCUGAAGAAGACGCUCGUCAAUCUGCAGAUCGCCCAUGAGCUGAGUGUUAUCACUGAUCCAGUGCUCGGCGCCAAUGCGCUUGGCUUACUCGGACCGCCUUUCAUUCUUCCCGAGGAGGCAAAGCAGCUCGUCGCCGCCCGUAUCGGCCGGGAGGCGAUUCCCUCGGCGUACACGACCGGCGACCUUCCCUUCAUGCGCUACAUGUUCCAUCAGUUCAUGCUGCCCUUCCCGUUCCUCGCGGCUGCGCCCCCAACGUUUUGGAGCCACAAGGUUCAGCCAUUCCUCUCCAGCUUCCUCGCCACUACCGGUGCAGCCCAGCAUGCGACCAAGACGCCCCAAGAGCUCGAAAUAGCCGAGAGUCUCAUGACGAAAGAGGAAAAGAAGGAGGCCGAGGAGAAGGAGAAGCUCUGGGCCAAGAUGAAGAAGCACCUCGGUCUGAUGAUCGGAGUCGGCAUCAAGCUCGUCGGUGGAGAAGAGGUCGUCCGAAUCGGGCAGAGCGAGCUGCGCCGCAUUGAGCAAGCGCAGGAAGAGAAGCGGAGGAAGUACGCCGAGAAGCACGCUGCGGAGGGGCACCCGCCCCCAAUGAUUGCGUUCGACGUUAACGUCGUCGGCGUCCGCACCAUCGUCCCCAAGAGCCGAGUACGACACAAGACGCACGAGGUGAGUAGUUGUGUCGCGGAUAACGCUAACGUGCAGGAGUUCCUUAUCCGAACGCAGCGGACGGGUGUGGCUGAUGUUUUCGUCUCUCGCCGUUACGGAGAUUUCCGACGUCUCGCAGAGGAGCUCCGCAUCCAGUUCCCCGACAUUGAGCUCCCGAACCCGCCACCAAAGGAUAAGAGCGCGGCCAACGUCCCUCCGAAGACUGAGCACAGCGGCUACAGCGCAUACAACCCGUUGCGCAUGAUCUACGGAUCUGGCACCUCCUCCCCACAGCAGAGCGGCACCAACACUCCCUCGCCUAGGGCAUCGGGGGAGACUGAGCGGCCGGACAACCUCGAUGGUGCGACGCUUCCUCCUGCGAUGCCGCUCUCGCGAGAGAAGAACCGUCUCACACUUCGAGCCUACCUGCAGUCGAUCAUGUCGAUCCCGGAGAUUGCCAACUCGCCCGUUAUGCGGUCUUUCCUCCUCUCUGCGCCGACGACACUGACACCGCCCGAGGCCGCCGACGUCCAGCGUCGCCUCGAGGCCGACGCCGUGCGAGAAGAGGGCCGCAAGCGGUUCCGUGAGGAGGCGGAGCGACGAGUCGAAGCGCUGCGCGGCGGUCUGGCUGCGUUCAAGGGCGACAUUCUCAGUCAGGAGGGCGGACUCAAGAGUGUGUUUGACGUUGUGCGCCGAGUCGAGCGGGUCGAGGACCUCCCGCCCGCCGAGAAGAGCGUGCUCGAGUGGGGACGCAUCUCCUUCGCCGCGACCAUCUUCCAGCUCUACGUUGCCUCGGACACGGCGUCCGACUCGCUCGCGUCCCUCAAGCGCGUGCACGGCAUCAUGCCGUACUUCAUGCUGAAGGGGAUCCUCAAGAUCUCCAACCCAAUGGCGAUGAUCCGCGGUAUCCUCGACCUUUUCCUUGCGCGUCCCUUCGGGGGACAAAGUCUUCUGCAGAAGAUGUUCUCGACAUCGCUGACAGAGGACCUGCGCUACCUUGCUGAAGACAUUGCUGCGGUUCAGGAUAAGAUCGAUGAUCCCGUACUCUGUCAAAAGGUCGAGCAGUACGUGCGCUCCUCGUGGGAGGCGCAAGAGGUGUACCGCAAAGAGGCAGUUUCUGAGAACUGCGAGCUUCUCGUGGCCAUCCUGCGCUCUCCCGAGGCGCCGAGUCUGUCGCGCGGACAGAUCCAGCGCGUGUUCCGCGCAUCUCGCGCGUACCGCGAAUGGAAGGCCGAGCAGGCCGAGUACGGCGACUCGGACGACGAGGAGGGCCCGGACAACGACGACGCGUGGCUGUUCGAGGACCUGAACAUUCUCCUCAAGCUCAUGACGAGGAAGAAGGAGAAGGAGGCCAUGCUCGCGCUCAUCUUUGAGGGCGUCACGGCCGAACUGCUCAAGGACAUUAUCACCAUCUUCUACGCGCCCCUCGCGACAGUGUACAAGGCCGCUAGCAUCGCCGACUCACUGGGCGACCUGCAGGCGUUUAUCAACGACAUGAUCCGCACGGUCGAGCAGGUCGAGGAAUUGUCGCAGGAAGACCCGCAGCGCACGGUGCAGACGUUCAUCGACCUGGUGCAGCGGCACGAGCAGGCGUUCUACACCUUUGUGCACAACGUGCACACGAAGGGUCAGGGCCUCUUCGACAGCCUGAUGGGCUGGAUCGAGCUCUUCCUCGGGUACGCGCGCACCGGCCUGGACACGCCGUUAGACCUGGAGAACUUGCUUCCGAUGGGCGGUCCGGAGCGUGCUGCCAUCAUGGCCGAGGUCGACGCGGUGGCGCAGUACCACUACAAGCUCAAGGUCGUGCACGAGGAGAAGGUGCGCCGGCGCUUCCAAUCGGCUGGCAUGGACCAGCAAGCGACGGAGGAGGCCCAGCUGGUCGAUUCGGUCAUGCAGUCCCUCUCCCUGGGAGAGAACACGGUCGGCGCGGCCGAGGAAGUGGCCGACGAGGAGUCGGACGAGGAAGAGUACGAUGAGCGGUACGAGGACAGCGAGACGUCGUCGAUCAUCAGUGGCGCGUCGACGCUCAGCCUCAACGCUGCGGGGGGGAAGCGGACUGUUCCCCCAUCGCCGCUUGCGAAGGGCGAGCACCACCGACACCGCCGCCACGGCAGUAAUGGGAGCAACGAGCCUCCGCCCGUCCCGCCGAAGGAUGGCAACCCCUUGCCAGUGCCCCCGAAGGCGAAUCACCAGCAGCAGGGGCAGCACAAGAAGCGCCGCAGGAAACGAAACCUCCAGACCCUCCAGCCGCCCAAGACGCCGCACCUUGAUGAGCUCAGGCCGCUGUUCGUCGAGGCUGUCAAGCCGCUCUUGAAGGUGAAGCCGAUCAAGGCGUGA